AUGAGUGCUAGUGUGGCAGAUGAUCUAUCAGAAAAAGAAAUGAUUGAAUUUUCAGAGGAUGAGCAUCUGACCUUCUUUUUUAACAUUGAUCAAGUUUAUGGUGAAAUCCCAGGGGUUAUAUAAAAUUAUGGUACUUUUGCAUAAUCGCUUUAAAUUGGUCGCUAGCUAUCAAAUCUCAUAAUAAAAAACUCUAUAGCUGAAGCAUAAGAGAGAUUUAUCCUCAGAAAUAUUCCAAUUAAUGCUAUUAGUGAAAUUGAAGCUGAAACUAAGCUGUUGUUGAAUGCUAAAUUAAAUGAUGGAGGAAUUGAAGUUGAAUCUUGUGAUUUAAUCGAAGACCAAGAACCAGAACCUAUAUUUUGCGAUAGAUGGAGAAGAAACAGAAUUUAGAUGAUGAUUGGUAUUUAUAUCAUACUAAAUCAAAUAGAUCAAGAAAAUCAUGAAAAUGAAUAGAUUGAUGAGAAAUUAACAACUGAUCCCAAUAGAGUAAUAUCUAAAUCUAGACUCUAUGAUACCAAGAAAACUAUUGUUAGACUCCCUACAACUCCUUAACCAUAAAAUUAGAUUGAAUCUAAAAUAAUAUAAUUAUUUUAAGAAGAAUAUGAAGAUGAAUAUGAAGAAAAGUUAAGAAAUGCUAAAUUAUAUGAAAUGAAAAAGAAGAAUGAAAUUGAAUAAAAAAAAAAAGAAGAUAAAUUACAAAGUUAGAUUGAAAAAAAGGAUGGAGGAACGCAAAAGUAUACUUAUGAUUUUGAUGGAAAAAUACUUUUAGCUAGAGCUGUUAAAAUGGACAAACUGUAACCUACCAAUCAAAAAUUGAAAGUUGAAUUUAAAGAACCUACAAAGCCUGACCAAUAAUAAUAACCCAUAAAAAAGGGAGGAAAGAGAGACUCAAUCAAAUUGAAUAAGCCCUAAUGUCCUGAAUAGGAGAUACCAAAUAGAGUUUUAUAAGAACGCAAAGAUGCCACAAAAGAAGUGAUAGGAGAUAAAGCUUUAAGAAUUGAUAAAACAUCUCAAUUUCCUUAUGAAGUCUUCACAAUGAAUAAUGGAGUUAAGUUGUACUUUGAGCAUAAAAUGAAGGAAGGAGUAAAACAUUAAAUUAGUGAUUCUGCAGAACAUUUAUAAAUCAAAUUAUCAGGCUCGAAUCUACUCUCAGGAGAUGAUGCUUAAUAAUUUGCCUCCUAAAUCAGAUUAACUAGAGCUGAGUAUUAACUGAUAACAGAUGCCCAAACAUUAUAAGCAGCCAAAUCUUAGUUUAUGCCUAAUGAAACUAUUCAUGUCCCUGAUCAUGAAUAAUAAACUACUCAAUAAUCAAUUUUAUUAAAAAAAAAGUUAGGUGAAAUUGGAAAAACUGAGUUCCCCUUGGAUGGCAAAUAAGUUUAAUUCAACACUGGAUCUAAUGUAUUAUAGCCUUUAAGAAAAGAAGUACCUUCCUAAUAAGCGUCUUAAACAGAGAGAAUUCAAUUAAAAAAUGUUAGAAUGAUAGAAAAUUUGAUAGUAACUGGAUUACCAGAUACACCUAAAUCAUCUAAGUAAGAACUUCCUCUGCCAUAAAUUCCAGAUGGAGUUUCAAAGAAUCCCAUCGAUAUUUUUAAUUAAUAGUUAUUAAAUCAAAAGGAAUGGGGUAAGUAAAUAGGAGGUAAAACUACCUACUUCCCUCCAGUCAAGUAGCAAAAGAGAUAACUAGAGACCAAAGCUUAUAAAGGAUCCUUAGAAUAAAUGUAUAAAAUGCCAAGAGAAAGACUUGUUGCACAAACAGGUAGAACGGCUAUGAACUUUUAUUAAUCUAAUUAGGAUGGUAAGAUAGAAUACUAGAUUUUAGGAUUGAAGAAAAUAACUAAAUCAUUAAGUGAGGGAUUGAUGUAAACAUUUUAUACGACUCAUUCUAAAUUUAGCGAUAAACUUAGAUAAUGA